AUGGUUGUCGAUAAAAGUGUGGCCAAUAAUGUGUUGCCGUAUGCAAAAGAGGCAGCUAACGAUGUUUCGUGGCGUGAUAAAGGCGCCGUUGCUGGAUCAGCACACGAGUUUCGUGAAAUCAGGAUACCGGACGGUAAGCCGAUUGACAAUAUUCUGGCUGCGAUUGGAGGUAUACCGUUGGUGAAACUCAAUAAAAUACCCAAAUCGCUUGGCAUUGAAUGCAACGUUUAUGCAAAGAUCGAGUAUUUGAAUGCGGGUGGUUCAACUAAGGAUCGAAUCGCCGAGCGUAUGGUGGAUAUUGCCGAAAAGACUGGUCUUCUAAAGCCUGGAAUGACCCUUAUUGAGCCAACGUCCGGCAAUACGGGUAUUGGACUGGCGUUGGUGGCUGCAGUGAAGGGCUAUCGUUGCAUCAUUGUCAUGCCGGCAAAGAUGAGCAAAGAGAAGGAAGUAACACUACGCGCUCUCGGAGCCGAAAUCAUACGUACGCCAACAGAUGCCGACUAUGCAAGUCCUGAAUCACACAUCAGUACGGCAUUUCGUCUACAAAAAGAAAUGCCAAAGCAAGCGGUCGUGCUUGAUCAGUAUUUGAACCCGGGUAAUCCAAUCGCUCAUUAUGAAGGCACCGCUGCUGAGAUUUUGAUGGCUCUUGAUAAAAAAGUGGACAUGGUAGUGAUUGGAGCAGGCACUGGAGGUACAGUCACUGGGGCUGGACGUCGUAUCAAAGAGGAAUGCCCAAAUGCUAAGGUGAUUGCUGUCGAUCCACAUGGAUCAAUCUUGGCUGAUCCAACUAAUGAACAAGCUGAUUUCUACGAAGUCGAAGGCAUUGGCUAUGAUUUCAUACCAGCAGUACUCGAAUUUUCACACAUCGAUAAGUGGGUCAAAACAUCCGAUGGAGAGGCAUUCAGGAUGGCCAGACGCUUGAUUCGCGAAGAAGGUAUUCUGUGCGGCGGCAGUUCCGGAUCGGCCAUGGUUGCCGCUAUGCAAGUUUGCAAAGAGUUGAAGAAAGGUCAAAACUGUGUCGUUAUUCUUCCGGACGGUAUUCGAAACUAUAUGUAUGUACUACUGCUACUGCUACUCCUUAUUAUAAACCUGUCCAGGCUUAGGCUUAUGACAUCAAAGCAUGCGAAUGCAUCCACUCCAAAGCGAGCACACUACAAUUCUCUAGUCAGCAAUGUAAUCCACCAUCCUUUCAGGGAUCACCCCUUUAAAGAUGGUCUCAAAUAUCGUCCCGACAAAGUGGUCAAAUGUCACUGGAGCACGCUACAUCCCGAGCAAAAUGAAUGCCCAAUCGCGUUCAGACCAUGGCCAGGUGCACCAAAUCGGGCCGCAGGCGAAACCAAUGCAAUGGCUCGGCUUAAACCAUUUCGACGGCCGAUGCUUCUCGAUUCAGUGCUUCAAGCGAUUGGUAAUACCCCAUUGGUACGACUCAACAGAAUACCACAAUCAUUUGGUGUCAAAUGCAAAGUUUAUGCUAAAUGUGAAUUUCUGAAUGCGGGCGGAUCGAUUAAAGACCGUAUAGCGUUACGUAUGGUCGAACUGGCCGAGCAACAGGGUCUUCUAAAGCCUGGAAUGACCAUUAUUGAGCCAACGUCCGGUAAUACGGGUAUUGGACUGGCGUUGGUGGCUGCAGUGAAGGGCUAUCGUUGCAUCAUUGUCAUGCCGGCAAAAAUGAGCAAAGAGAAGGCUGAUACGCUGCAAUUACUCGGCGCCGAGGUGGUACGAACGCCAACGCAUGCCGCAUUCAACAGUCCCGAUUCGCACAUCGGUGUUGCGAUCCGAUUACGAGAACAAAUCCAAGGAGCAAUUAUACUUGACCAAUAUGUUAAUAUGGGUAAUCCGCUGGCUCACUACGAUGGCACAGCUGAAGAGAUACUGUAUGCGUUAGACGAUAAGGUUGAUAUGGUGGUCGUGGGCACGGGCACCGGUGGAACGGCGUGUGGAAUCUCGAAGAAGGUCAAAGAAAUUUGUCCACAAUGCAAGAUUGUCGGCGUGGAUCCAGAAGGCUCAAUACUGGCUGAUCCUACACAAAAAGAAACUUCAUUCUACGAGGUGGAAGGUGUCGGAUACGAUUUUGUGCCGACGGUUUUGGAUCGGGAUAUGGUAGAUGAAUGGAUCAAGAGCACUGAUAAAGAGUCGUUCGAGAUGGCCAGACGUCUGAUUCGCGAAGAAGGUCUGCUGUGCGGAGGCAGUUCGGGUGCGAACGUUUCGGCAGCCAUGAGAGCAGCCAAAGCGCUCAGCGAGGACAGUGAAUGCGUUGUGAUUCUACCCGACGGAAUCAGAAACUACAUGUACGUUAGUUCAUUCCUCUGA